UUGAACCCAUUGUUGUGGGCCGGUGUGACGUCAGCGCCGCGUGCUGUGGACGGACGGGUUGGAGCGAGCGUGGCGUGCGUCUGCACACAGACAGACAAAGACGGCGAACCGGAGGAGCAGAACAGGAGCGAGCUCGUCGCGUUUUUCUGCUCCAGUGCUGCACGGCCCGAGAACAUGAACCGAGAGCCCGAGCGAGAGACGCCGACACGGGAAGCGUGAUUUCAGCGAGUUUGAUUUUUAGCGCUUUUAUAGCGAACAGUUUAUCUUUAUAACUAGCAGCUCCGCUAGCAGUUAGCCAUCAUCAUCAUCAUCCUUACAAUCAUCCAGAAAACUCGAGAAAAGAGCGGCGGGAGAAUUUAAGAAAACACGGUUUGUUUGUUGUCUGAUGCACGCGCGGGCUCUACUAUGCCUAGCCCCCUGUUUCACCCUGACAUCAUGGAUCACGAUAUGGUAGUGAGCAGCACGAGCCAGUCCACUCUGCCACCCCCACGGGACACGGAUCAAGAGUCCCGGGACGAAGAGCAUCAAGAGGCGCUGCGCUUCGCCCUGGAUCAGCUGUCACUCAUGCCGAUCGAGAAGGUCGAUUGUCUGGACGGGACGCCGCCGGGCACAGAGAACGGCGGAUACGUCGACUUACUGAUGCUCGAGCACGCCAACGGGUCACGGGAGUCGCCCGGUUCCUGCUCUCCGUCUCCGGAGUACUACGGCUCGGGAGGCAGCGGUGGGUACCACAUGGCCGGGUCCAUCCUUGGGGAACAAAGCUCCGCGCUGCGAAAGAGGAGCGUCAACAUGACCGAGUGCGUGCCCGUGCCCACAUCAGAGCAUGUGGCAGAAAUUGUCGGACGACAAGGUUGCAAGAUCAAAGCAUUACGAGCAAAAACAAACACUUACAUCAAGACCCCUGUGAGAGGAGAAGAGCCCGUGUUUAUUGUGACCGGCAGACGUGAAGAUGUGGAAAUGGCCAAGAGAGAGAUCGUUUCUGCGGCCGAGCACUUCUCGAUGAUACGGGCCUCGCGCUGUAAAGCGGGCGGGAGCGGUCCCGGUUCGGGCGGCUCCCUCCCUGGACCUCCUAACCUGCCGGGCCAGACCACCAUCCAGGUGCGAGUUCCCUACAGAGUUGUGGGGCUGGUGGUGGGUCCCAAAGGAGCCACUAUCAAGCGCAUCCAGCAGCAAACCCACACUUACAUCGUCACGCCCAGUCGCGAAAAAGACCCGGUGUUCGAGGUGACCGGGAUGCCAGAGAACGUGGACAGAGCUCGCGAGGAAAUCGAAACGCACAUCACGCUCCGUACGGGCGCCUUCGUGGACCUGCAAGGCGACAACGACUUUCACAGCAACGGCACAGACGUCAGUCUGGAGGGUCUCGGGGCACUGGGACUGGGCGCAACGCUGUGGUCUCGUGCUAGCCAUUCGGCACCUCCUCCUGCCUCCCACCACCAUUCGACCCGCAAGGUGUCGUCUGCGUCUUACUCCAAUGGUGUGCUGAGCUCCGAGUCUUUCUCGGCGCCGCGGAGAGCGACAGAUGGCAGCAGCCCCACAAGUCCCUUCAGUACUAGCAGCGCUGGCGGCAGCUUCUCGUUUGGUGGCGAUUCCGCCCCGAGCCUCCCCAGCGCCUCCGAAGACCUGGGUUUCGAGUUAAGCGGCGGUAACAUCUGGGCACCCUUUGUCAACGGCGGAAAGCAGCAGCAGCCAUCACAGCUUCGUCGCAACAGUAGCGGCCUCAGCGGGGGCGCCGUGACCCCGCGUGUGUCGCCCACCCUGCCCUCCGACACCUCGUGCGUCGACCACCCGCUGGCACGCCGCGCACAAAGCGACCCCCUCAGCGCCCUCUCCUGGCUGCAAUCCGGCGGUGGGUCAUUCUCAGGCGGCAGCAGCAGCAGCGGCGGGAGCUCGACGGGUUACUCUUCCUGCUCGGCCUCCUCGUUGCCCGGCGGUUCACCCACUGACUCCGAGGGAGGAAGCAGCGGCAUGGGCAUCGCAUCCUCCAUGCUGGGGCGACUGAAAGCGGGUGCCCUGGCCGUUGUGGUGCCCGGCAGUAGCAGGGACUGUUACGUGUGCUGCGAGAGCGAGGUGACCGCCGCGUUGGUUCCUUGCGGGCACAACCUCUUUUGCAUGGAUUGCGCCGGGCAGAUAUGCCAGUCGCAAGAGCCCGAGUGUCCCGUUUGCCGCACCCCUGCCACGCAGUGCAUCCGAAUCUUCUCCUAAUGCCCGGAACAGAUGAAACUCCGCGUCUUUCAAAAACUGCCUUCGUCAGAUUGACAGCGAUUAUUAGAUGACACUAUUGUGAAGUUAUUGACAAUAAUAAUAAUAAUAAUAAUAACUCUGAUGCCAUGUUAUUAGCGACUCGAGUACUUUUCUUGGACUUUUUUCUUGGAACUGAAGAUCAAACAGUGUCUUAUCUUUAGCCCUUCAUCUUCGUUUGGUCGUAUUUAACGGUUCUUUUUUCAUUACGCCUUCAUGCGACUGCAACCGGUUGCUUUUUUGCUUGCAACUUUUUCUACUUGCAGAUAUUUUUCGACUUUUACGCUCGCAUAAGACUGCACUUUUUUCCUAACGUCUUGAAUCGUUAGAAGGUUGGCAAUGCAGUUGUUUUUUAAAUUAUUUUUUAAUUCUCUUUUGUUGCUUUUUUAUUUUUUAUUUUAAUUUCGGGCGACGCCCGCAACAACAACAACAUGCUUGGAAAUGCGAGACUGCAUAAACCUGCACACUGGUUUAGACCAAAACAUUUGAGAGAUUCCUGUUUUAUUACAAAUGAAGAAUGAAACACUUAAUAUUUAUACGUGUCAAGAGUUGAUAUCCAACUGAAUAGUUAUUGUUGAAUCUAAACUAGAUGGACUAGUACAAUGUUAUAAAUCUCAUGUUUUCUCUCGGUCAUCACACUACCUUAUAAACCUUUAUACUCCACUAGAUGACGUGAGAGUUUGUUUUAAGGGAACAAUGAUUUCGUCGGAUGUUUGUUCAUUCCCAGAGUCUUCACUCCUGAUACAGGGUUGUUAGUAUUUCAGAUGACGACAUCUUUAUCUGUUACAAUUUUACUGUUAGAGACUUUUUUUGUGGUAAGACUGGAUGUGGGCAGCACAGGUGUUGACUCCGCCCCUCGUCAAACCACAUGACUUAUUAUUGAAUUAUAAGAUAGAUGUUUGUAACUUGACAUGAAUGUUUUCUUUGUUGUGGAUGUGUGUGUGUGUGUGUGUGUGUGUGUGCGUGUGCGUUUUUAAACCGACUGUUGUAGAGCCAUCCUAAUAGUGCACUGCGACACAUUGAAAUGUUCUUUUGUAUUUUCCGGGGGUCUGUCGCGUUCCCCUCGGGUCAGGCUGGAGUAAAAGUCUGUCUUCCGGCUCUGUGGCAAGAGCUUUCGGUCUCAUCCUGAGGUUAAACUUUUGACAUUUGCAUCCUGCAGCGCGCGCACUUACUCUCGAAUCCCUCAGCCGCCUGUGAACGUAGCCGUGUUUGUUUUUAUGAAGCGAAUCAAAUCUGUAGCCCUUGACAGGCGUACGUGACGAGCCGUUGGUCCGCUGUACUCUAAAGGGCUUCUGGUUAUACACUACACACUUCAGGUCAUAUCUCUAAUAAUAAACAGGAUGAAUCGUCCCGACACGAUCCGUAUGGCAGCUAUAUCAUCCAGGGCUUCCAUACGUUUAGUGAUGAUGUCCAAACGCUGAAGGGACUUUUCCCAUCUUAACUUUUUGGUAUAAAUUAUGCUUUGCAUGUUUGUUUGUUUUUUUUGUAAGGGGAUCACACGAGUUUGGUUUCCUGAUAUAUUUUUGCAUUAAUGGAUCGUGCCGGUCAGAACGGAGAGAGUAGACGGUGCCUUUCGAGGUCAUGAGACUGACUCAUCUGUUAAAUGAAGAUUGUUUUUGAUAUAUAUAUAUCCGGCUGUGACGCACCACCUUCCCCAUUCAUACUCUUCCGAUUCUUAAGUCCAGAGAUUACACUUUAAAUGUGGAAAGAGGUCAGAGUAUUUUGUAUAGAGAGCCAUCUGAGCCGUUUUCUCCCCGUGUUUGUGUUUUAGAGGGCCAUCAGGAAGAUGAUGAUGUUUGUUCUUAGUUAGGAUUGAUGAUGAUGAUGAUGAUGAUCUGGUUCAGAAGAGGUGAGGUGUUGUAGUGUAAAUGGUGAAAAGAUCCAGAAAGUAGCUGUAGUUUUCUGUUCUCGUGUCUGUGGCAUGUUUUGGCAUCUCGAUCGGUGAUGAAGGUCAUAUGACUCGUGCAGAAUCCAUCACUGCGGAGCAGAAUUUUGGGAUUGACCCACAGACCUGAAGCUGGAUUAUUUGCCUUUUCCCCAAGGUUUAAAAACAGGGUUUAAUGUGGAUUUGUUUUCAGAGGAGAUCUCAGGCAGAUUAGCAUAGGAAAGACGUCAAACGCUGUUUUCUUAUCGGUUUUGCCCUCUACUCUGUUUUUGCUUUAACUUCUUUCUUAUUGUUUUUUAUGCCAAACCAAAAGUUGUUUCAAUAAGAAAAUUCAAGGCCUAAUUGUAAAUAUUCUGAAUACAAUCAUUAGGAUUUGUUUUCAAAAAGUACAAAACUGAAAAGGUUAAUGUAGUUUUUAAAACAUGUAUCAUUAUUUGUAACUUAACGCUCUCUCUCUAUCUCUCUAUCUUUCUCUCUGCAUGUCUUGAAGCCAUCAGGCGUUCGCUAACACUUUUCUAAAAAUGAAAAGACAAAAAACUUUUUUUACACAUUUUAUUUUUACAAUUUAUUUGCUUACCUUGACAUGAAUAUCCCAGAUUAUAAUGUGACCCUUUUAUUACAACAAAUUUAUCUUUAUUUUCCAUAUUUCUGUUUCCUGUGUACAACAUAUAGGCAAUUUAUAACAAAAUGAGAAAAAAUUAUUGAAGAAAUUUAAAAUUGAAAUAUAUUUUAUUUGAAAGUUUAUGGACCUUUUAACCGUGAGCUGGAACAAUUGUAUACACGCAUAUCAUUUGAGCUGACUUUACGGUUAUAAGAAAUGUAUCGAGAGUUUUAUUUUUUAUGCUUCUUUAAUAAAAUCUUGUUUUUCGUUUUUUGUUUUUGUACUGUAAAACAAUAA